UCCAGGUCAUGUCCUGGACUGUGGUUCGGUUUUGUGAAACCGAUGAGGUUGAAGUCCUGCCAUGCAAUUGGCUGCAAGAUGGUGGUUUUGCUUUAUAUCCACCUUAUGGUCGGUCAAAAUUGGAGAGAGCCAUCAAAACACUAGAGGAACCCAAUUCAUGUUCUUGGCAACUAUAUAAAGUCAAAUUGAUGACUAAAUCAGUAUUUAAUUCCUUCACACUAGCAUCUGCCAAAGCCAGUAAAGCCUGUCUGACAUCAGAUAUAAGUGACAAGGAAAUUGAUUUGCCGUCUAAGGGACCACACAAGAAAAAACAAAUUUCAAGUGAUGAGAAUUCUGAUACAAACGGUGAUAGCAGUGAAUCAUUGAUAGAUCUACCAUCAUGCCCAAUAACCAAAUCAUAUGCUCCUGAAGCUGGAUCUAAAACUCCAGAUUUAUAUAAUUUACUGCCACCAACACCAUCAUCAACUGGGUCACUGAGAAAUUACCAUGCUGGAACGCCUAGAAAUUGCUUUGCCGAGACACCUAGAAAUAGCUUUGUCGGGUCACCUAGAAAUACUUUUGUCAGGAACCCUAUUACUACGAUUGUUGGAACACCUGGAAAUCCAUCUGUCACAUCUCAAAUAUUAUUUCAACCAGAAAUUAGAGAAAGGACAAUGAUGAAGAUCAAUUUCAAAAAGAGGUCAUUUCCUAUCUUGUAAAAAUAAAUAUGAUAUUGAAAGACGUUACAACAGAACUAGCUGCUCUUAAAUCUGAAAUACAUUCGAAUUCCACUAUGCUACACAGCCUGAUGGAAAAAGGGAGUCCAGACUUGGGCAAUGAAGGAAUUGAAAGAUGCGAUAUUUUUGAUAAACUCCCGAUUGAUAAUGACGCGAAGUUUGAGGAAGUUGAAGUAGCCUUGCUGAACAAAGCAUCUUAUGAAUAAUUCGUAAGUU